GAGGCUACAGGACAGUGUUUACAAAAUCCUCAUUAAGGAAGUUGUGAGAUAACACGCUCAUGUGCAUCACACAGAGCUGAAGGCACGCACGUGCGCGCACACCACACACACACACACACACACACACACACACACACACACACACACACACACACACACACACACACACCACCAGCAAAGAGACCAUAAGCACUGAGCAAUGCAGAGCCCACCAUAUCAUUGAUAAGGGACAGAAAGAGCUGGAAAGAAGAGAGCAGAGAGAGAGACUGACAGAGAAGAGGACACAACACAACAGACAUGACUCGGAUGGACAAAGACAAGCUUCGGCCCCCCUGUCACCGGAACUGCAGUCCAGUUGCACAGGACAUCAAAAGGUGUGCAUGAGAAUAAAUGCUGCGUGCUUUGGAAGAGAGCAGCAGGGACACACACUCCUGAAGAAAGGCUCACACUGGUCAGAGCAAGGGUCAACAACUCUACGUCUACUGCCAGGGAUCCUGCCACAACUUUCUUUGCCAAUAGAUGAACUGACCACAAUUUCAACUAACCUUUGGAUUAAGGUGUUCAGAGAUCACAGUCAUUUUGUCUUACUGUUGCAUCCACCCAUCCAUACCGUAGACAACCCUAGAGGGCAUACAAUAGAAAGCUGCAGAUUGUUUUUCCCAUGGCGUGCAUUUGGGUCUCUGAACUGGGAACCAUCUGUAGCUCCAAGACUUUGCUCUGGCUGUUUCCUAUCCUGCUGCUCCAGGGGCUCUGUGGACACUGCAGCCCAAUCUCCAACACCCAUCAGAGGUAUCGCCCCGCUCCGGGGCUGGGAGACGGGCAUGGAGGGGUGGUGGAUCCGUCACUACUGGAGCAGGACAACAACAUGAACAUGCAGAGCCUGCUGGAGAGCCUGAAGGAACAGUUUCUGCGGACUUUCAACCUGUCUGGCUUAAGUUCUCCUCCCCUGCCUCCUGGAAGCACACGAGAAGAGCCACCUGAGUACAUGAUGGAGCUCUACAACCGUUUCGCUAAUGACCACACGGCAAUGCCCACCGCCAACAUCAUCCGCAGCUUCAAAAAUGAAGAUUUAUCUCCCAGUAUUGUUGGUGAUGGAGGAGUGAGGCGCCACCCACUCCUCUUUAAUAUGUCAGUCCCCCAUCAUGAACGCAUCGCAGUGGCCGAGCUUCGCCUCUACACCCUUGUCCAGACUGACCGCCACCUCUACGCUGGUGUCGACCGCAAGGUCACUAUCUACGAGGUGGAAUCACAUGUCGGAGAUGAGAACAUGACUGCUGAGAACCCUGUGAGAGGCGAUGAAUUCAGAGGGGGGGGGGAGCAGUUAGAGCUGAUGGCGUUGGCUUCCCGCCAGGUCUACGGCACUGAUAACGGCUGGCAAGCCUUUGACCUCACUGCUGCUGUUCAACGCUGGCGCAAAUCUGACCAUGGGACCACGCACCGGUUGGAAGUGCACAUUGCCAGCAUUGCUUAUGAAGAAACUGUUCACGAUAUCACAGAGGAAAACCAAGACAGGAAUGCACCUGAAGGGGACAUGAAGAUUGACACCAGCCCUGAGGACAAACACAAGCCCCUGCUGAUUGUUUUCUCCGAUGACCAAAGUAGCGAUCACCGUAAUGACAAGCGCGAGCUGAACGAGAUGAUUGACCACGAAACCUCUAACAUGGUUCUCCAGGACGACUUAGGGAUGGGCCUGAAUGGUCUGUGGGGGGAGCUUGGGAGGGACAGGGAGGAGGGAAAUGAAGAAGCAGAGCCGGACGAAGAGGACCUCAUCCAAAUGCGCUCCAAUCUGAUCUACGACACAGCAUCCCGCAUUCGUCGCAAUGCCAAGGGAAACCACUGCAAGAAACAAUCUCUGUUUGUAGAGUUCAAAGACAUUGGAUGGGACAGUUGGAUCCUGGCACCCACUGGUUACGAUGCCUUUGAGUGCACUGGCAUUUGUUCUUUCCCACUGACGAAGCACGUCACACCCACCAAGCAUGCCAUUGUCCAGACAUUGAUCAACAUCAACAGUCCUCAGAAGGCAUCACAAGCUUGUUGUGUGCCCACAAAAUUGGACCCCAUCUCCCUGCUGUACUUGGAUGACACAGGCGUGGUCACCUACAAGUACAAGUUUGAAGGCAUGGUGGUAGCUGAGUGUGGCUGCAGAUAGUUCAUGUUUUGAAGGAGUUUAACUGUUCAUAAAGUCUUACAAUAAGAGGGAAGACACAGAACUAACAGAAUGCUGAGAGAGGAGGUUAGCCUGGACUGUCUUCAACAAAGGCUUCUCUGGAAGGGUUUACUGAGAUUGGACGUGCACAUUCACUAUUCCUGCAACCAUAUGCACUCCAAAUGAAUGAUUGUGGACAUAUAUAUGUUUUAAACAGCAAAAACAGAAACAACAAAUACUUCAUCUAUAGGCCUGGAUAUCAGUUCCCAUUCUUUGGACAGUGGAAAGCCAGUGUGUGCAGAUCUACAGUCAUUCUGUUGCCAAUAGUGAAUUAAAAGGACAGAAUCAAGCACAUCCUACAGUGUAUGCGGCCUGGUGGGAACCAGUGGGAACCAGUUUCCCCCCCCCCCCCCCCCCUUCCUUCCCUCUGACAUCUGUCUUCCUCUCCACUUAUCUCUGGCCUCCCCACUCGUUGCAAACACUAAUCAGCACUUCGUGUGUCCUGGCGCAGUGAAAUGACCCCCGUGAGGCAACCUGACAAGACAUCUCUCUCCAGGCCCGCCCCCUGCCUCCUGAUACGUACUGUAGGCACUGUUCAGGGGUCCUAGCAGAACGGUUAUCUAUCCCAAUCCUGUUACCCACUUCACAUGCCUCUUUUCCACUCCCCCGAGCUACAGUGAUUGCAAGGUGUGGGGGGCUUAGAAACAUGUAUAUCACCACUCAGGCUUGGAAACUGGACGGCAUUCUGGGCAACUUUUGAGGAGGUUGGAUGGGGGAGUUGGACAGGAAAAGGGGGCAGGGGUUGUCCACAUUCCUAGGCAACAAACAAUCUUAACUAGCCCAACUCGCUGACCUAGCACCAUGUGCCCCAACAUAUCUUCUCAGUUGAGUCCAUAACCUUCGUAGUAAAAAUUGCCAUUUUGGACAAUUAUUAUCUGAUGGCCAAACUCAACAGUGGACAUUCCCUUUAUGGAUACGACCCAAACAAAACACAGUUACAUAAAUACAGUUUCUUGGUUUAAAAGCCUUUUAAUACCUCUGCUGCUUGUGUCAAAUAAAAGACUAUUUAUUGUUCUAAUUUAUUAAUUUUUACAACAGAGUAGAUAACUAUAUAUGUACAUUUGUAAGUUACUUAGUGUAGAGCUGUUUUAUAUCCAUGACAAUGCAUUUGCAGCAUAAAACUAAUUCUGUUGGGAUGAGAAAUGGUAACAAUUUCUAAAACAAUAAAGAAUAAUGAAUUAAUCGCUGAUCCUUACUGUGUCAGUUACCAAAACGUUGUUUGGAUUAUCUCUUGUCAAGGUGGAAGUGAAUAUUUGGAGCUAAAAUUAUUGUACAUGUUUUCUUUUACACAUUGCAACUAUCGAUCAAAGCAUCUAAGUCUGUGAACUUUCCUUUCCAUUAUUUUAGGGAGAAGCUGCUAGACCAUGAUACGAUGCAUUGCUGACAUUCAGAUUAUUUAGCCCGACAGUAUCAGCUCUCAGGUCAUGGUUCAUACAUGACACACAAACAAAGAACCAUGAGAAACUGAGUGGAAGGCUGGCUAAUGAACGACAUGGAUGGCCCACUGCUCACACUGACAGCUAGCAGAUGCAGACAGCUGUGAUGGAAAACCUGUUUGUGACGAGAAAAUGUGAACAAAAA